CUUCGAGUACAAGAUCUCGAACAAGUUGAAUUACAACUCAGAGAUCAACUAGCGAAUAAAGGUAUAGAUAAGAGUAUUGGCAUGGCAGAGAUGAGCAUCCGCGAGAGUAAAAGAGUCUUGCUAUGUGUGUUACCAGGACUACCUUUCUUAUUGCUUCUGCUGACUGGAUCAAAGUGACGGCCUUAGCAUUCAUUUUCCUACCAAUCUCGCUCGCUUCUUCGGUGUAUGGAAUGGUAAGACCACUUUGUCACCUUCUAGCAUGUAUUCUAACCAGCCAUACUUUCAGAACGUGCAGCAGAUAAACGGUACCGGUCAUUCGAUCAGAGCCUUUGUAAUCACAGCAUUUGCAAUGUGUGCAUCUGCUGUAGUGCUAUGGGCAUUCAUCGCUGGCUUCCAAUCUCGCAGAGUCUGGUUGAAAAAAAGACUUGAAUUGGAUCACGGUGUAGAUGUCAUAUGGCGAUGGUACGAUUGGUUGAUGUUAUUUAGCUUUUUCGAUACAUGGAAGUCGUUAUUGUGGGACCUGAAAAGAUCAUGGUUCAGAUACAAAACACGACGCUACUUACGCCGGUAAAUAGAUACAGUAUGCCUAGCUAUGAAUUAGGAUGUGUUUGCACGGACCUUAGUGCAGGAUCAGAGCUGUCAAUUUUAAUGCUUAGUCUCUCUAUGCUCCUGUAUACUUAGUGCUUCAGUCGUAAUAGUAUCUUCAAUCGUGCGCGUUGUGACUAUCUAUCCGCUAUUUUAAUGCAGCUGCAAGUUAAGGAGCAUAGGAAUGAAUACGAGAUAGAUCAUUGUAUUUUAAGUACCGCAAGA